AUGCUGAAUGAUGCCGUUUGCAGGGCUGCCUUGGACACAAGCACUCACUACGGACCACAGGAGAUUGGAAGCUUGGUGUGGUGCCUCGCAAUGCUGAGGGUGAUUGACACUCAGGUGCUGGGCGCCCUUUUCACGCAGAUCAACUUCUGCGUUCAGGGCCUUGGCACACGUGAGCUAGGUGUCUUGGUGGAUACUCUUCCAGCCCUUCGCCGACUACUGCUGCCACGUUUGCAAGACAAGGCCGUUACUGGCGCAUCUGAGAUGAAAAAAGCCAACCCAAACCUGGACACUUUGCAAACUAUCACCUUCGGAGCUAUUGGAAGCUGCGAGCUGCUGGCGCACUGCCACAUUGCGGCCAGUUGUGGCAGCGCUGUCCCAUCCAAAAAAAGACAGCUAUCCUUCAAGAAUGUACUUUGUGUCAUCGAGUAUGCGCUUGACAGCUGUCAGGGUAGCCUACAACGUCGGAACAAGGGUACUGUGGGGACCCCAUCGGUGAACCCUGGUGGCACCGGUGGUAUCACAUGGGAUCGUGUGGAUCGCACAGCGUGUGCGGAGUUUAGGGCCUUAGCUGCUAUGGAGAAGCUCCUCGAAAGUCAAAUGCCCUUGAAUCAAACUAGCAAAACUGGCAAGACGGGCAAGAUGACUAUUGCGGUCUCUGAGCCACCUUGUGUGUCAUGCCUAGCGGCUAUGGUGAAAUUCAGCCAAGGGUAUCCAGAGAUCCAGAUUGAAGUUUGUAUCGAUGGGUCUUUGUUGCGCUUUGGUACAGAGGUUGGACGGUUUAAAGCAUUCUCAGAGCUUGAAGAUGGUGGAGAUGCGACUGAGCCGGUGGAGUAA